GCUUAGAAACCAGGCUCAGUUUAGUAAUCACCGAUCACCAAGCAGAAAUAAGUAUGGCGGAGUGCCAGGCGACGUCAAGUUGCUUGUCGUUUUGCACUCUAGAAGAGAGAAAAGCAGACGGGAAAAUACUUUAUUACGAAAUAUUUGAGUGGAAAAUUAAACAUGCUCCGAGCGGAAUUCACCAUUUUUCUGAUGCUUCGCUAGACCAGCAAAUGAGAAGGGAUUUAAACACCUGGAUCAGAAACAUAGAUGAAAGGACUUCAUGCCAAAGACUACAGAUCUUAUUUUCAUUUUCUGUCCCUUGUGAGGCAGCCCUUGAACUUAUCAUUGGAUUGAAAGUUUCCAUCAUCUCUGCAGGUGCUGGAAAUGGAUAUUGGGAGUUUCUACUCCAACAGCGAGGAGCAGACGUCGUAGCUUUUGAUCAAAACACUGUUUAUCCAAAAGAUAUGAGAUAUCUAGAGAUCAUGAAAGGUGACCCAAGAAUUUUAUGUGAUUAUGAAGACAGAGCUUUACUGUUAAGCUGGCCUGAUCAUGCAGAGGAUUGCCCAUUCUCACUGGACUGUCUGAAGUACUACAAAGGGAAAACUAUAAUUCACAUCGGCGAACUCUUUGGCGAAACACUCUCAUCAAAUCCCUGGGGACAAACUACCUCACGUGCUUUCCAGCUUCGACUCGGAGAAACUUUCCGCUGCGUGUCACGAGUUCAGCUUCCAAACUGGCCUGGUCACAUGGAUUCACUAACAGUUUGGUCACGUGCUCCAGACGUCGUCGACUGUGAAGGAGCUGAUAUGAUAUUUAUUCCAUUGGAGAAUCCGAGAUACUUUGGUGGAGAGGUACUUGAUGAUAUUUGCACUUCCUUAUGACUAGACUUUGCACCCCUGGUCAUCAUAGAGCUAUGGAUUUUAAUGAAUAUCUGGAAAGAGUUUUCUAGCACUGGACAUCACAAAGGACUUGGCAAUAAAAUUAUGUGGUCUCAUCAAGGAUAGUGAAACAAACAAUAGAGGAAAGUAGUGUUAAAUUUGAAGCUUUGGCACCUUUGUGGGCAAUCGGUGAUCCACAUGACGGCAAUUUGUUAUACUUUUGUAAAAAGCUGUAAAUUAUUUUUAUCGCGAAAAGGGUGUUGACAAAUCUGUUUCAGAAAAAAGAACCCUUGUAAAGCAAGACAACAGAGUAAAUCUCUAUCUGUUCUUUUUAUUAACUCCAAUUAAAACUUACAAUGACUGUGGUAAAGGAAGCACGUUACCUUAGUUAGUGGAUGUAAACAUUUUUCCAUGUCCUCAAAAAACUGAUUGAUCAGUCCUCGACAGGGGAAAUCAUCGUGCCGGCGUUUUGUCUCAGACUCCCAUAACUGUAACCUUGUGAGGCUGAGAAGCAGCAAAAAUGAACAGGUCUUAUCGUAAAUACAGAUAACAUUAAUAAUGUACUAUUAGUCGAGACUACAAAAAUUAAAGUUCAUUUAUUCAUAACAAUAAUUUGAAGACAACCUAUUGAACCAUUGGACAAUUAGGCCAAUUCCCUGACAAUGAUACAAUUACUCAGGUUUCGUUACUCGGAAGCUUCCGGAUAACUUCCACAUAAUUGUAUUAAAAUACUGUAUUACUAUAAACACAUUUGAUAUAGAAGUCAGAACUCAGAAAAUCGUGAACACAAAAAAUGUUCAUAGAAUGUUUGUGUUCCAAGGGACAAACCAAACGGGUACGAGGAAACUAAACCGUAACAGCAAAUCUGUUUAUGGUUUUGAGGUUUUUUUGCAUUCCCCCACUAGACAACUGAACUUUAAGAAGCUUAUCACAGUGUUCAUGGUUUUCUGAGUCUCACACUGAACAAGACGGAUUCAUAUUAAUUAGGGGAGCACCGCGCUUCGGUUUAUUAAUGGAAAGGACCACAUUCGAUAUUUGCACAAUAAAGGUAGUUUCACGUGA